UGCUGUAAUCUUCUAAGUAAGGGAGCCCAAAAGAAAUUAAGAGAUCGAAAUGGGGAAGCAAGCUUCAACCAAGGUCUGCGUUACAGGAGGUGCUGGAUAUAUAGGUUCUUGGCUUGUGAAGAAGCUCUUAGAGAAAGGCUACACUGUCCAUGCAACCCUACGAAACUUGGAUGACCAAUUAAAAGUUGGGCUUUUAAAGUCCCUCCCUGGUGCAGACACCAGACUAGUUUUGUUCCAAGCUGAUAUAUACAAACCCUACGAGUUUAGAUACGCUAUCCAAGGGUGUGAAUUUGUGUUUCACGUCGCUACUCCACAGCAAACUGCUGGAAGUUCUCAUAGCUCUCAGGAAAUCGUUGAAGCAGCUAUUUCAGGAGUGAGGAGCAUCGCUGAGUCCUGUAUCGAAUCGCAAAGCGUUAAACGGCUUAUCUACACUGCGUCGAUGCUGGCAUCCUCUCCAUUGACAAAAGAUGGAUUCAACCUCAAAUCUUGCUUAAAUGAAUCCAAUUGGACUCCAUCUGAUAUUAUAUUUACCCAUGGCUUUGAAUAUAUGCGGGCAUAUACUAUAUCGAAAACCUUAGCGGAGAAAGAGGCACUAAGAUAUAACGAAAAUCCUGGAGAUGAGAAGCUAUUAGAAGUUGUAACUCUAACCUGUGGCCUUGUGGGAGGAGAGACUCUACUGCCGUACGUGCCUUUAAGCGUGGAAGUGAUGUUUUCGCAACUUAUUGGCAAACCACAAACUUUCGAGGGACUAGAAUUGAUGGAAGAGGUAAUGGGAUCAGUUCCUGUGGUGCAUAUCGAAGACGUUUGCGAUGCGCAUAUCUUCUGCAUGGAGAAACCCUCCAUGAGAGGAAGAUUCCUUUGUGCAGCAGCUAACCCAACCAUCAGAGAAAUGGCAACGUAUUUUCUAGAAAACGAGUCGCAAUACCAGAUGCCAGAAGAGUUCAUGGGAGAAGAAAAGAAAGGCAUUGCAUAUGACUCCAGCAAAUUGGUGAAGCUGGGUUUUGAGUACAAAUACGACAUGAAGAAAAUAUUAGAUGAUAGUGUAAAAUGUGGGAGGCGACUAGGGUCUAUCUUUCUCCAUUAGUAGAUUUAUUCAUGGCCUCAAAGAAUAUCAUGAGCAAGAUCAAUUGUCUUGUUUGAUUUACUAUAAUUAAAUAUUUGCGUUAGAUCACGAAUAAUGCAAAAACAUUAUAUAUCAUGCAAAAGAAUCAAAUAUAUAAAUUUAUAUAUGGACGAACGCCUUUAAUUUCUUGUUAA